GAAAGCUCUGUAUCCUUAUUAAUCUUCAAUUGGGGAUCCAGGAAUACUGAAGACUUUAGCUCCCAACAGAAAUAGGUUUUCCCAGACUAGAGACCUCAGGAUUGCAUUUUUUAAUAAGAAGAGUCGCAUCAGAGUUAGUCCUGGAGUGCAGUAUUUCUUAAUGUGCAACUCCAUAGGGGGGGGAAGUUGAUUGCUCAUUGUCAUCACCGAUAUUACUUUAAUUGCAAUGCUCAGAAGGAUCCAUCUUUCUGUGUUCAUUUGCUGCAAUAUAUACUACCAACAUUCAUUACUUUCUAUCAGUGUCUUACCCUAUGGAGGAACCAGCCCUGCCCAUCCACAUUGAGGAGGGGAUAGACGUUCUGACUGAAAACAAAACCAUGGCAACAAAGGAGAAGCUGCAGUGUUUGAAAGAUUUUCACAAGGAUAUCCUUAAACCUUCCCCUGGCAAGAGCCCUGGGACCCGGCCUGAGGAUGAGGCAGAGGGCAAGCCACCACAACGGGAAAAAUGGGCCAGCAAGAUUGAUUUUCUGUUGUCCGUAGCUGGAGGGUUUAUUGGAUUAGGCAAUGUCUGGCGAUUUCCGUAUCUCUGCUAUAAAAAUGGCGGAGGUGCAUUUCUCAUACCUUAUUUCAUUUUUCUGUUUGGGGGAGGUCUUCCUGUAUUCUUUCUGGAAGUGGCCCUAGGACAAUAUACCUCUGAAGGAGGAAUUACAUGCUGGGAAAAGAUCUGCCCUAUUUUCUCUGGAAUAGGUUAUGCUUCCGUAGUGAUUGUGACUCUCUUGAAUGUAUACUACAUCGUCAUCCUGGCUUGGGGAUUGUACUAUCUAUUCCAGUCAUUUUCGCACACUCUGCCAUGGGCUCAUUGUGGGCAAGAAUGGAAUACAGAAAACUGUGUGGAAGACACCCUCAGGAAGAACAAAACACUGUGGCUGUCACUCAAUGUCACUGACUUCACAUCUCCUGUCACAGAGUUUUGGGAGCGGAAUGUUCUGAAGUUGUCUUCAGGAAUUGAUGAACCUGGUGUUAUCAAAUGGGACCUGGCUCUUUGUCUUUUCCUUGUCUGGGUGAUUUGUUUCUUUUGCAUUUGGAAAGGUGUGAAGUCAACCGGGAAAGUUGUGUACAUAACAGCAACAUUUCCAUUCAUCAUGCUUUUUGUACUCUUAAUCCGUGGUGUCACUUUACCUGGAGCUGCAGAGGGCAUCAAAUUUUAUCUUUACCCUAACAUCACUCGUCUGUCCGAUCCAAUGGUCUGGAUAGAUGCUGGCACACAGAUCUUCUUCUCCUAUGCAAUCUGCUUAGGUGCAAUGACUUCCUUGGGGAGCUACAAUAAAUACAAAUACAACUGUUACAGGGACUGUUUGCUGCUGGGAUGCCUGAACAGUGGUACCAGUUUUGUGUCUGGCUUCGCAAUUUUUUCCGUCCUGGGCUUCAUGGCACAAGAGCAAGGGGUGGACAUUGCUGAUGUGGCAGAGUCAGGUCCAGGUCUGGCCUUCAUUGCUUAUCCAAAAGCUGUGUCCAUGAUGCCACUGCCAACUUUUUGGGCUAUUCUUUUCUUUGUUAUGCUUCUGUUGCUUGGCCUGGACAGCCAGUUUGUUGAAGUUGAAGGGCAGAUCACAUCGUUAGUUGAUCUGUACCCAUCCUUCCUAAGGAAGGGUUACCGACGGGAAAUCUUCAUCGCUAUAAUCUGUUUCCUCAGCUAUCUUCUGGGACUAGCUAUGGUGACUGAAGGUGGCAUGUAUGUGUUUCAACUCUUUGACUACUAUGCAGCUAGUGGUGUAUGCCUUUUGUGGGUCGCAUUCUUUGAAUGCAUUGCUGUAGCCUGGGUUUAUGGCGCUGACAAUUUUUACGAUGCCAUUGAAGAUAUGAUUGGUUACAGGCCUGGUCCUUGGAUGAAAUGGAGUUGGAUUUUAAUCACACCAAUUCUCUGCGUGGGGUGCUUCAUAUUUUCUCUAGUCAAGUAUACCCCCCUGACCUACAACAAAGUCUACAUCUACCCUACGUGGGCAAUCGGUCUGGGUUGGAUACUUGCUCUUUCAUCUAUGAUCUGCAUCCCAUUGGUUACAGUUAUCCGUAUCCUGCAGUCAGAUGGCUCUCUCCUUGAGAGGGUGAAGACAAUGGCUGCUCCUCGCGAGAUCACGCGGUGGGACAAAGAAGCCGAGGUUGCUGCCACGUUCGGCCCUCCUGGCCUGGCCAACGGAGAACUGGCCAAGAAGCCAAGUCAUGUCAUCGUGGAGACAACAAUGUGAGCUCUCUCUAUGAGAGGAGGACACCUGCUUUAAAACUGCUGUUUACUAACCAUAGAAUCUUUCAUAGGACCAGGUUUACAGAGCUUUAUAUUUGCACUAGGGUUAUUUUUAUUUCUCAUAGAGAAAGUAAUUUUUUUGUGUGUUUGGUUUUUAUUUUUUAAUAUUUUGUAAAGUAAAUCACAGCAGAUGGCUGUCCUGCUCUAUUUAGAAACAGAGCUUUCAUAUCAAAUUAGGCACACUGCAGGAAUUUAUCUUCUGUUUUCCACACAAGCAUAUCUAACUAACUUUUAUUCAUACUGCUAAGUUACCAUGUUUAGUUGAUUUUUCUUGCCAACAGUAUACCCAGGCGCAAUCCUAUGCAAACACUGUCUUGCAAAUACGCCUCAAUGAACAUAACGGGACUUAAUUCUGAGUAGACAUAUGUAGGAUUGCGCUGAUACGUAUGCAUACAUGUGCACAUAUACAAGCUUUAGAUUUCUCUGAGUGUUGAUGUGGUUGGGAACAGGGUAGUGCAAAAUUUCAUUUUGGACUUUUUUUAACCAAAAAAAAAAAAAAAGCUCUGGCAUUUUAGAAACUGGUUUUUAAUUAACGGUGUGGCACUAUCUUCUUCUGGUAGAAGCAGGUAGAAUUAAAGAAAAAGUACAUGUUUUUAUGUUGCUGUGAGCCAUGUGGGAAUAUAUUUACAUGAUAAUUGGAAGCUGCAAUAUUGUAGCUGCAAUUGUUGUAUGUCACCCAAAGUAAUUUUUUUUUAUGAGAUGGGCGGCCAUGUAAAUUUGAUAAAUGAAUAAAUAUAAGAGGGAGUUGGAACCAGGGGAAUAAUCUGAGCAGCUUGUGAACAGGCUCUAAGAAGGUGGCAGAAUCAUUCUUGCUGGAAAGCAUUUUAACUGAUAAUCUUUGGGGGGGGGCAGAGGAGAUGAUUUCUUCCAUCAAAGGAAGAAUUGAUUCUACAUUCAGUAACAAGUUUCUAUGCAGAUUUAAAUACAGAUUGGAGUACGGUUGAGUUUCUCUUAGAUUUAAAGAGUUGAUGUAAAAUGCUGGUAAGCCUGAAUCUGUCACCUAGUGUUAUCUCACUCUUAGACAGAAAUGUAAAUUUGACAGUGUAAUCAUAUAACUAAAUGUAUAAACUGGCCCAUUCUUGUAGUCUGCACCUGAGAAAUAAGUCAUUUGGACUUUGAUUUUGUUAGAACAUUAAGUUAGUGUCAGAAAACCCUUUACAUAAUGCUACAUUUACAAAGAUACUGCAAAUCAUAUUUAAAGUCACACAUUUGCCAAACUUUAUCUUUGUUAGAACGAAAAAAGGAGUGGUGGGCCUGUAUCGUACCAGUCAGCUAAGUUGCAUAGUGUUGAGUGCAGAUGCAGAAAAAAGUCCACUAGAACCUAUUGAUGAAGCUACUGAAACAAGAAAGCACAGAAAGAAAAAGGAGAAAGAGAAAGAGUAAAUAGACUGAUAUUCACAGGGUUAAACUGACAUGUAUAUCCAUUGAUCCAAGGAAACACAAGAAGAUCAAGUAAGUUAUACAUUUAUUUUAGACUGAACGAGGCAUAAAAUACUCAACGGAAGUUUUAUUGGCAAGUUAAGUUCCCCACUUUUUCCAGAAUGAGGUUUUGCCUCUGGAAAACUCACCCCAAAUCCUGCAAAACGUUUGUUUUCAACCUUCAUUGAGUAAUGGCUCAAUCCUUUUCCAUAUGGGCAUUGAUCUUGGGGGAAGGGUGCCCCCUUUAAGCUUUAUAUUGGUAAUAGACACAAUUUGAGCAGGAUUGUGAGCCAGAAAUUGCAAAACCCCUUUCCUUUGUAAUCUCUGCUAAUUUUGUCUGUCAGUGACAGAAACUGUAGUUGAAACUGGAACUUAGCCAGUAUUUGAAAACAUUCCUAUAUGCUUUAAGAAAAGAAAGAAAUUAAGAAUCAGUUUGUGUCUUAUGCUAUCUAUGGCCACUGCAUAUGUAUUAUGCACAUACUUGUUAUGUUAGGUUUUAUAUAUAUAUAAACACUAUAAAUAAAGGACCAAAACAGUUAUUUCAGGUGUCUUGUUUAGCUAAUAUUUGUUUGUGGAUGGAAUCUGUGAUUUAUUUUAUUUGAGGGAACACAGCUUGCAGUAUAUGCAGGUGGCCAUGAAUGGAAAUGCUUUGCUUUCUUGUUACCAAGAGCUGAUAAGUAAACACUUCCAGAAUACAAACCCUUUGGAAAUUGUUUAUCUUCCUACUGUACUGAAAAAUGGCCAGUAAAAAGGUUAGUUACAAAAUAAGCAAGGAAGCCAAGAGAAAGCUACUGUUUGCUUUGUUUUCUAAUCCUGCAAAACCAAAGAUGCAGGGCAUUGGUAUCGCAAACUCCAUUGCAUUCCAGAUAGGACUGCAGCUUAAUUAAAUGAAGCACAAGUCACUGGUAUCAUUGAAGGCAGCGAGAAAUUAGGAUGAAGGCAAAUCUUAACAGUUCGUUCACUUGACUUCCCUGGUGCAUUUUACAUGAAAGAUAGUGCAAUAUUUUGCUAGUUUCAAGAACAGCCACUGAACCAAAAGCAGAUAUAUCAACCGAGGGGAUAAUCUAAAGCAGAUAGCAUGAGAAGAUGUAUUUCAUGAAAAAAAACAGAGAAUCAGUCCCACACUGUAGACUUCCAUCUAAGAAAAGUAGUACCCAACCUAUUUCAAGGUUAAAUUCUGUGAUCAGAAUUGGUUCCUUCCAGCUAAACAGGUUUUCUAAUCAUGACCUGAAGUCAUGAAGGACUCUUACAAGAAAAAAAUAAAUAAAUUGUCACAUAAGAUUUAGCCCAUCAACCUUCAGUUUUUGUUUCAAGGAUCAUAUUUUCAUAGAGCAAAA